CUAAAACGUUGAAACCUUUUUCGCCGGGACCUUUGUAAAACAUUAUCAUACUUGUUAAUUAAAAAAAAUAAGUUACGUAAUAUCACUUGACGUUUAACCUAUGACUCAAUCUUGUCGACAGGUGCACUCGUACAAUACUGUGAAAGAGUCCAUAAAUUGUUUCAAAAUAUAACUGUUGUCCAAAAUCAUGAGCUCAACGAUACCUUUUCAAACUUACGACUGGCUCAAAAGCGCCUCGGUUUACAAUAAAAGAUUCGCAAAUAUACCAUCGAAAUGGAUCAAGGAAAAUACAGAUGUCCUACUCUUACUUUUUAACAGCAAAGGGGCAGACAAGGACAGCGUACUUAAGAAGUUCUUCCAUAUUUACGAAACUGUGAAACAUUCCAACAUACCCAUUGAAGUUAUUUAUGCAUCCGUAGAAGAAACCGAAAAGGAAAUGAGAGCAAGUUACGAAAAUCAAGCGAAUUGGUUUACUUUCAAGUUUGAUGAUGCCCUGGUACUCGAUCUCAUGUAUAUGUACGAAAUUACGUCUGUUCCACACAUUUUAGUGCUAAAACCGGAUUGUACUGUAAUAUCACACCAUGGUAUAAUAGAUUUGGAACAAUAUGGUAAAAAUGCAGUGAUAUCAUGGCUCUCCACAGCUGCUUCGACGAAGCAAAGGGCGUUGAAUAAGGAAAUUGAUAUUUAUGGACCCAAAUGGAACUAUUUAAAAACUAGCGGCGAGAAAAAAGAGUACCAAAGGAAGUUCAACUUCACGCAAAAUUUUAAGAGAUCAUGAUAUUUUACUAUCGGUGGAACAGUAUAAUGAUGUACGCACCUUAUCAUCAUUUAUGUAUUUUCUCAAGUUUGCAUAUUACUCGAAAACAUCGCCGCUCAUAGUUUUAUUAAACGUGGGAUGCAGACACCAGAAAGUAA